CAAAACCCUAGAAAUCGAAUUCGACCCUUCGUCCUCUCGCAAGCAUCUAAAUCUCAAAACCCUAGAAAACCCUAGAAAUCGAAUUCGACCCUUCGUCCUCGCUAAUCUUCUCAGAGUGUGAGCGUCCGGUAGCGGCAAUGGCCCAUCUGGGCGGCGGUGCGGAGGCGCACGCACGGUUCAAGCAGUACGAGUAUCGCGCCAACUCUAGCCUUGUCCUCACCACCGACUCCCGGCCCCGUGACACCCAUGAGCCCACCGGCGAGCCGGAGUCCCUCUGGGGAAAGAUCGAUCCCAAGCACUUCGGGGAUCGUGUCUACCGUGGAAAGCCCCCGGAGCUCGAGGAGAAGUUGAAGAAAUCUAAGAAGAAGAAGGAGCGUGACCCUGCUGCUCUCGAGCAGGAGCCGCGCAAGGAGAGCAAGCGCCGUCGUGUCCUCCAGGAGGAGAGCGUGCUUUCUCUUGCUGAUGAUGCCGUCUACCAGCCCAAAACAAAGGAGACCCGUGCGGCCUAUGAAGCUUUGCUUAGUGUGAUCCAGCAGCAGUUUGGUGGGCAGCCGCAGGAUGUGCUCAGUGGCGCGGCUGAUGAGGUACUGGCGGUACUGAAGAACGAGAAGUUCAAGAAUCCUGAUAAGAAGAAGGAGAUAGAGAAGCUUUUGAAUCCAAUUUCGAACCAGCUCUUUGAUCAGCUUGUUUCUAUUGGGAGGCUGAUCACUGACUAUCAAGAUGGGGGUGAUGCUGCGGCUCCGGCUCCGGCUGAUGGGAAUGAAGAGGCGCUUGAUGAUGAUAUUGGUGUUGCUGUGGAGUUUGAGGAGGAUGAGGAGGAAGAAGAGAGUGAUUAUGAUCAGGUCCAGGAGGAAUCAGAAAACGAAGAUGAAGAGGGCCAGGAGCAGAAUGGAUCUGGUGCUAUGCAGAUGGGCGGGAUUGAUGAUGAUGACUUGGAAGAGGCCAAUGAGGGCCUUGCGUUGAAUGUUCAAGACAUCGAUGCUUAUUGGCUUCAAAGGAAAAUCUCUCAAGCUUAUGAGGAGAUAGAUCCCCAGCAAAGCCAAAAACUUGCAGAAGAAGUGCUGGAGAUAUUGGCUGAAGGUGAUGAUCGGGAUGUUGAGAACCGGCUUGUGAUGCUUCUGGAUUAUGACAAGUUUGAUCUCAUUAAGUUGCUUUUGAGGAACCGGCUGAAGAUCGUGUGGUGUACUAGAUUGGCAAGGGCUGAAGACCAGGAGCAAAGGAAGAAGAUUGAAGAAGAAAUGACUACUAUGGGUCCAGGCCUUGCUACUAUCUUGGAACAGCUGCAUGCCACAAGAGCAUCUGCAAAGGAGAGACAGAAGAACUUGGAGAAGAGCAUUAGGGAAGAGGCAAGGCGGUUAAAGGAUGAGAGGAAUGGUACUGAUGGAGAUGAGGGUCGACGGGUCAUUGAUAGGGAUGCAGACAAUGGGUGGUUGAAGGGGCAACGGCAGCUGCUUGACCUUGAUAGCCUCGCAUUUCAUCAAGGUGGUCUAUUGAUGGCAAACAAAAAGUGUGAGCUUCCUAUGGGAUCUUAUAGAGCCAAUCAGAAGGGUUACGAGGAGGUCUAUGUUCCUUCUUUGAAACCAAAACCAUUUGCUGAUGGAGAGGAGCUGAUUAGGAUAUCCAUGAUGCCUGAGUGGGCGCAACCAGCUUUUGAAGGGAUGAAGCAACUGAACAGAGUGCAGAGCAGAGUCUAUGAGACGGCCCUCUUCAGCCCUGAGAAUAUACUUCUUUGUGCUCCAACCGGUGCUGGAAAAACAAAUGUUGCCAUGCUGACCAUACUUCAUGAGCUUGGUAUGCAUCAAUCUGAGAACCCAGAUGAGCCGUUUAGCAAGAAGAUUAUUUAUGUGGCGCCAAUGAAAGCUCUGGUUGCAGAAGUGGUUGGAAAUUUAUCGCAUCGCUUGAAGUCUUAUAAUAUAGUUGUUAAGGAGCUUAGUGGAGAUCAUUCUCUCACUCGUCAACAGAUUGAAGAGACUCAUAUAAUUGUGACAACACCAGAGAAGUGGGAUAUUGUCACCAGAAAAUCAGGUGAUAGAACUUAUACACAGCUUGUGAAACUUCUCAUUAUUGAUGAAAUUCAUCUUCUUCAUGAUAACAGAGGACCUGUCCUUGAAAGUAUUGUUGCUAGGACAGUUAGGCAGAUAGAAACCACUAAAGAGCACAUUCGUCUAGUAGGCCUAUCUGCAACUCUUCCAAACUAUGAAGAUGUGGCAUUGUUUCUACGCGUGGAUCGAUCUAAAGGUCUUUUCUAUUUUGACAACAGCUAUAGGCCCUGUCCACUUGCGCAGCAGUACAUUGGAAUCACUGUGAAGAAACCCUUGCAGCGGUUUCAAUUGAUGAAUGAAAUAUGUUAUGAUAAGGUUAUGGGUGCUGCUGGAAAGCAUCAAGUGCUUAUCUUUGUCCACUCAAGGAAGGAAACUGCAAAAACUGCCCGGGCGAUACGAGACACUGCUCUGGCAAAUGAUACGUUAGGUAGGUUUUUGAGGGAUGACGGUGCAAGCCGUGAAAUUCUUCAGAAUCAAACAGAAUUGGUCAAGAGUAAUGAUUUGAAAGACCUCUUGCCUUAUGGGUUUGCAAUUCACCAUGCUGGGAUGACAAGGCCAGACCGAUCUCUGGUUGAGGAUCUUUUUGCUGAUGGUCAUGUGCAAGUGUUGGUGUCAACUGCCACCCUUGCGUGGGGUGUUAACUUGCCAGCACACACAGUGAUCAUUAAGGGGACUCAGGUUUAUAAUCCAGAGAAAGGAGCAUGGACUGAAUUGAGCCCCUUGGAUGUUAUGCAGAUGCUUGGGCGUGCAGGAAGGCCUCAAUAUGAUUCCUAUGGAGAUGGAAUAAUUCUGACAGGGCAUACUGAGUUGCAGUAUUAUCUCUCUCUCAUGAAUCAACAACUUCCUAUUGAGAGCCAGUUUGUGUCUAAAUUGGCUGACCAGUUAAAUGCAGAGAUAGUUCUUGGGACUGUGCAGAAUGCCAGAGAAGCAUGUACUUGGAUUGGGUACACAUACUUGUAUAUAAGAAUGCUUCGUAAUCCAACUCUUUAUGGUUUACCUGCUGAUAUUUUGGAGAAAGAUACAAAUUUGGAGGAAAGAAGAGCUGAUCUCAUCCAUUCUGCCGCAAGCAUCUUGGAUAGGAAUAAUUUGAUCAAGUAUGACAGGAAAAGUGGGUAUUUCCAGGUCACUGAUCUGGGUAGGAUUGCUAGUUAUUACUAUAUAACACAUGGGACAAUCUCGACUUACAAUGAGUAUCUGAAGCCAACGAUGGGUGACAUUGAACUUUGCCGGCUCUUUUCACUCAGUGAAGAAUUUAAAUAUGUUGCAGUUAGGCAGGAUGAAAAGAUGGAACUUGCAAAGCUCUUGGAUCGGGUUCCUAUUCCUGUGAAAGAAAGCUUGGAAGAGCCAAGUGCAAAGAUCAAUGUUUUGCUACAAGCAUACAUAGCAGGUUUGAAGCUUGAAGGGCUUUCAUUGACAUCUGAUAUGGUUUACAUCAGACAGAGUGCUGGGCGGCUGCUCCGAGCGUUGUUUGAGAUUGUGUUGAAGAGGGGUUGGGCUCAACUUGCUGAAAGAGCUUUGAAUAUGUGCAAGAUGGUUGAUAAACGCAUGUGGAGUGUCCAAACACCUCUUCGACAGUUUGCUGGUAUACCAAAUGAAAUUUUGAUGAAAUUAGAGAAGAAGGAUUUAGCUUGGGAAAGGUACUAUGAUCUAUCUUCACAGGAGAUUGGAGAGUUGAUUCGCUACCAAAAGAUGGGGAGAACCCUUCACAAGAAUAUACAUCAGUUGCCGAAGCUUAAUCUUGCAGCUCGUGUUCAACCAAUCACUCGAACAAUUUUGGGUUUUGAGCUGACAAUAACCCCUGAUUUCCAAUGGGAUGACAAGGUUCAUGGGUAUGUGGAGCCAUUUUGGGUUAUUGUUGAGGAUAAUGAUGGUGAAUUCAUCCUUCAUCAUGAGUAUUUCAUGCUGAAGAAGCAGUACAUUGAUGAAGAUCACACCUUGAACUUCACUGUGCCAAUCUAUGAGCCAUUACCUCCCCAGUAUUUUAUCCGUGUUGUGUCUGACAAGUGGCUUGGAUCUCUGACUGUCUUACCUGUCUGUUUCCGACAUCUGAUUUUACCUGAGAAAUACCCACCACCAACUGAGCUACUGGAUUUGCAACCUCUUCCAGUGACGGCCUUGAGGAAUCCUUUGUAUGAAGCUUUGUAUGGCACAUUCAAGCAUUUCAACCCUAUACAAACACAGGUCUUCACUGUCUUGUAUAACACAGAUGACAAUGUUUUGGUCGCAGCUCCGACAGGUAGUGGGAAGACUAUUUGUGCUGAGUUUGCAUUGUUGCGAAAUCAUCAAAAAGGUCCAGAAAGUAUCAUGCGUGCUGUGUACAUUGCUCCAAUAGAAGCUCUAGCCAAGGAAAGAUAUCUUGAAUGGAAGGAGAAGUUUGGAAAGGGCCUUGGCAUGAAUGUGGUUGAGUUAACCGGUGAAACUGCUACAGACUUGAAGUUGCUUGAAAGAGGACAAAUUAUUAUUAGCACUCCCGAGAAAUGGGAUGCCCUCUCUCGAAGAUGGAAACAGCGAAAGCAUGUUCAACAGGUCAGCCUUUUCAUUGUUGAUGAGCUUCAUUUGAUUGGUGGAUCAAUGGGUCCUAUAUUGGAAAUAAUUGUCUCUAGGAUGAGGCGUAUUGCAAGUCAAAUUGGAAACAGUAUCCGGAUAGUAGCACUUUCGGCUUCUCUUGCAAACGCCAAAGAUCUAGGAGAAUGGAUUGGUGCCACUUCUCAUGGUCUCUUCAAUUUUCCUCCUGGUGUACGACCUGUUCCUCUUGAGAUACACAUUCAAGGUGUUGAUAUAGCAAAUUUUGAGGCAAGAAUGCAAGCAAUGACUAAGCCAACAUACACAGCAAUUGUCCAGCAUGCGAAGAAUGGCAAGCCUGCAUUAAUAUUUGUUCCAACAAGGAAGCAUGCAAGACUGACUGCCAUUGACUUGAUGACCUAUUCAAUUGCUGACAGUGGGGAGAAGCCUGCAUUUCUUCUUGGCUCAAUAGAAGAAAUGGAAACUUUUAUUUCAGGUGUCAAAGAGGAUGUCUUAAAAAAUACACUUUCUCAUGGCAUUGGUUUCUUGCAUGAGGGUCUCACUGAUCUUGAUCGUGAAGUGGUUUUGCAAUUGUUCUUGAGUGGAAGGAUUCAAGUAUGUGUCGCGAGCAGUUCAAUGUGUUGGGGAAUUUCAAUGCCAGCUCACUUGGUUGUUGUCAUGGGAACACAGUACUAUGAUGGGCGGGAGAAUGCUCAUACAGACUAUCCGAUUACUGACUUGCUACAGAUGAUGGGUCAUGCCAGUAGACCUCUCAAAGACAAUUCUGGUAAAUGUGUUAUCCUGUGUCAUGCUCCCAGGAAGGAGUACUACAAGAAGUUUCUUUAUGAAGCAUUUCCUGUCGAGAGUCAACUUCACCACUUUAUCCAUGACCAUUUUAAUGCUGAGGUGGUUGUUGGUGUUGUCGAGAACAAGCAAGAUGCUGUGGAUUAUCUUACUUGGACUUUUAUGUACCGAAGACUUACAAAGAAUCCUAACUAUUACAACUUACAGGGUGUUAGCCAUCGCCAUCUUUCAGAUCACCUUUCUGAUCUAGUAGAGAAUGCAUUGAAUGACUUGGAGGCGAGCAAGUGUGUAGCUAUAGAAGAGGAUAUGUAUCUGAAACCUCUGAACCUUGGCUUGAUUGCUUCUUACUAUUACAUCAGUUACACCACUAUUGAGCGGUUCAGUUCUUCUUUGACACCAAAAGUUAAGCUGAAGGGCCUACUGGAUAUUCUGGCAUCGGCUGCUGAGUUUGACCAGCUGCCUAUACGGCCUGGUGAAGAAGAGUUAAUAAGAAAGCUGAUAAACCACCAAAGGUUCUCCUUUGAGAACCCCAGAUGCACAGAUCCACAUGUUAAGGCAAAUGCACUGCUACAAGCUCACUUCUCAAGGCACAAGGUGGUUGGAAAUCUAGCAGCAGACCAGCGAGAGGUUCUUCUUUCUGCUCAUCGUUUGCUUCAGGCAAUGGUUGAUGUAAUUUCCAGCAACGGGUGGCUCAGCCUUGCGAUCUCUGUUAUGGAAAUUAGUCAAAUGGUCACUCAAGGAUUGUGGGAGCGGGACUCCACGCUCCUACAGCUCCCACACUUUGACAGGGAAUUGGCAAGGAAAUGUCAGGAAAAUCCAGGGAAAAGCAUUGAGACAAUCUUUGAAUUGGUCGACAUGGAGGAUGACCAAAGGCGGGAGCUGUUGCAGAUGGAUGAUUCAAAGCUGCACGACAUUGCCAGGUUCUGCAACCGCUUCCCUAACAUCGAGAUGGUUUAUGAGGUGCUGGACAGCGAUGACAUAAGGCCUGGAGAUAAAGUCACUCUGCAUGUAGCCUUGGAACGUGAGCUUGAGGGUCGUUCUGAAGUAGGACCAGUGGAUGCCCCCAGAUAUCCCAAGCCUAAAGAAGAGGGCUGGUGGCUCGUAGUGGGAGAUACAAACAGCAAUCAACUUCUUGCCAUAAAGAGGGUAGCUCCUCAGCGGAAAGCAAAAGUCAAACUUGACUUUGACGCUCCUGCAGAACCUGGACAGGAGACUUACAUGAUCUACUUCAUGUGUGACUCAUAUCUCGGGUGUGACCAGGAAUACCAAUUCACUAUUAAUGUCCAAGGCGCGGCGGAGGAAUGAAUGAGUUGCUGAUUCAUAUGUUUGCAGAAUUGGUUGUACCAAUAUGCGAAUCGCAGGUUGAUCUGAAUUUGAGAAUCUUCGGGAUGGCAUUUGACCAUUUCCCAGCUCAAUAGUCACCAGGGCGUUAACAUGAUCAGUGCCUUAACUUAAUGUUCUAAGGCACAGGAGAGGAUGGGAACUCGAUGCAUUUGUGAAAUUGGUAUUUCUUUGAUAUGCCUUUCUAACUUUUUUAUCAAAAAUCUAUUGCGACUUUUGAUGUAUGAAUAUUAUGCUUCUUGUAUGAACCUAUUCCAAACUGUAGCUGUUAAAUUUCUGAUAUACCAUGUUAAGGCAUGAUAAUGCUCCACUAUUAAAAUGUCAGCUUUACAGA